AUGACUGGCACUGUCCAAUAUGAUGAAUCAUGCUCAGAGACCUUCCCAAUCAAGAAGAGUGACGGGAUUCUCUUCGAUCUGGCCCGACUCAGAGCAAAAACAAAGGAUAAAUCUAAUUUUAUAUUAGGUGCUUGCUUGCUCAAAAUAUCGACACCACUGGAAGUUAGAGUAAAGUUACAAAGGAACACAAACAUAACACUUCCUUGUAGAUACUCUAGAGAGGACAAUGAGGAAAUUUCAGAUAGAAAAAUCAAAUGGCAAAAACAAAGUCCUAAUGGUUAUGUGGAUGUUGCUUAUUUUUCGAUUCCUGGCGGACCAGACCCAAGUAUUCAACGUGACUUCAAGGAAUCGCUAGAAAACAGAGCACACCUUAUAGCACCACAGGAAAACCUCACAAGAGCUACAUUGGUUCUAAAUAAUGCUGUCUGUAGAGAUGAAGGAUUGUACCAAUGUUGGAUAGAGUAUUAUGUAAAUGAUGCUAUCGAACAUGAACAAAACCAAACAUCGGUCAAAUUCCAAGCUGAAGCAACUGUACCAGACGAAUUUAUCGUAGAACACUCCAAUGAACUUGAGGAAAAUCAAUCCAUACGUUUCAUAUGCAGCGCUGGUGUCGGAAAUCCACCUGGGAGUAUUAAAAUUUGGAAAGUUCCAAGGAAUUCAACUGAAAAAGAAUUGAUAUACUCUUCAAAUUUUAAAAACAAUGUUGUUAUUAAGACAGAGAAUUGUACUAAUUUUCUUAACGUAAGCUUAACGUACAGUGUUUCCAGAGAUGACAAUGGCGCUUUUUUCAAAUGCUUAUCACAGAAUAGCCUUACUCCGCAACCAGCACCAAACAAAGACUCAAAGACAAUCUCAGUUUUGUAUGGUCCAAAAAAGCCCGUGGUUACGAUCACACCAUCGUCAUCGGUGUAUUCUGUUGGGGAUGAUGUAAAACUAGACUGUUUUACCAUCAGUAAUCCAUCGCCAGUGUACAGAUGGACCUUCCUAUCCACGAACGCUAGCGAUGAGGAACAAACUAUACACUUGAACAGAAACGGGUCUUCAUUGCUAUUGAAAAAUCUUCAGAUCAACAAUUCUGGAAAUUAUAUUUGCUCUGCUUCCAAUACGUUUAAUGGAAAGACUCUGAAUGUUACAUCUGUGGUAUGA